GGAGGGCAGUCCGUGUCCACGCUCACUCACUGGUGGCAUUGUCAUGGAAACUAGACCACCGCCUCGCUAUUGUCUCGCGCUCUGCCAAGUUUAUUAUAAACACCGCGCGAGCCGCAGCGCGCUGUCAAACGGAGCGCGAGAGCAGAGCGAGCUGCAGUCCCGGGAGGAAGAGUGAAGACAGACAGAGAGACAGAGAGAGAGAAAGAGAGAGAGAGAGAGGACCAGGAGGAAAGUGAAGUAAAAGAGAGUGAAGCUGUAGAGAAAAAGAGAGAGGAGACAUCUGGAUUAUCCACCGAGAAAAGCGUAAAAACUGUGAGAUAUACGCACGCGGCUGACGGGAGUUUGGGAGAGACGCACCAACAGCUCUUGGAGAUACUGGAGAGACAUCUCUGCCCGCUUUGAACAUUAACAUCCCCCUGAAAUUAAAAGGCACCACAAAGCUCUCCAGCUCAGAGUCCCCCCCUCGUCGUUUCUUUAGCAGCCCGGUGUUUGCACCGGCUGAUCUCCAUGUAUAAGAUGGAUUACUCCUACCUGAACUCCUAUGACUCCUGCAUGGCGGCCAUGGAAGCGUCGGCCUACGCGGACUUCAGCUCUUGCAGCCAGGCCAGUUCCUUCCAGUACAACCCGAUCCGGAGCGGACCCUUCUCCAACCCGGGCUGCACUCCGCUGAGCACGGCCAGCUGCACCCUGGGAGCCCUGCGGGAGCACCAGCCCACUCCUUACUCCUCAGUCCCCUACAAGUUUUUCUCGGACCCCUCCGGCCUGAACGAGAAGAGGAAGCAGCGGCGCAUCAGGACCACCUUCACCAGCUCCCAGCUGAAGGAGCUGGAGCGAGUCUUUGCCGAGACGCACUACCCGGACAUCUACACCCGAGAGGAGCUGGCGCUGAAGAUAGACCUGACCGAGGCCCGAGUACAGGUGUGGUUCCAGAACAGGCGUGCCAAGUUUCGCAAGCAGGAGCGUGCAGCCAACGCCAAGGCCAACAGUUCUGGUGGCACCCCGGGCAGCACCAGCAGCACCAGCUCUGGAGGCAAGAAGAGCGGAGAGCCAAGAUCUUCAUCAGACGAUGAUGAGUCUAAAGAGUCCACCUGCAGCCCCACACCUGACAGCACGGCCUCCCUGCCGGGCUCGGGCAAUGGAAAUUUGGGCAGCCCCGCCAGCCUGAGCCCCAGCCCUGCUCCUGCCAACAGCGGCUACAACUCCAGCUCUCCGGUUCUCCAGGGGCUGAAGCCACCCAGCUGGACCAGUCUGGGGCCAUCCAACCCGGCUGUGGCCCAGCCUGCCGUCCAGACUCAGGAGAUUCUGAAGGCCUGGCAGCCGGCGGACAGUAUGACCGGGCCCUUUGCCGGAGUCCUGUCCUCCUUCCACAGAAAACCCAACCCCACCAUCAAGACGAAUCUGUUCUGAAGCACAGAGGAAGAGAACACGAGAAACAGACAUUGUGUGGUGUACUGGAACAGUGAGGAGUUUAUAGCUUUGGUUGGGAGAGUCAGGACUUGUCCAUAAUAAGGCUGAAUUCAACCGGUGCAGUCUGCUGUAGUUCAGCGAGGCCUUCUCUUAAAGAAAAAAACUGUCAAACUCAAAGUUCAGAUAAUAAAGUCAAAGGUCUGGUCACCUUCUCUUGAUCCAAACUAUUAUGCAACUGCACAUUAUACCUGGACAUGGUCAGAUUCCUUCCUACGAUGACUGUAACUCUUCAGAUUCACCUUUAAAUCAGAGCUGUUCAUACAAGAAAUCACUCUUCCUCAGAUAAAACUAAAAGAUGUACAGGCCCUUAAAGCUCACAGUGUCAAAAGGAUGUUUGUGUGCAGCUGAUUCAGAACUGCUUUGACUGGUAAACACAUCAGAUAUGUAUACACAAAUCGCUUUUCCUGCAUCUUUUCUUGCACCCUUCAACUCACAUUCCCACACUCACUGCAUCACAAACAAAGCCUGUCGUGCACUCGGACAGCCACAGCGGCGGCGGCUCUGAUGAGCAUGGUGGUCAGGUACGAGUUUAAAGUAGAAAACUAAACAUCACGCUCCAGUCUCUGCUUGGGAAACGAAACAAACUAACUUUUACCCUCAAGCACAACUUCUUCUAAGCCCCCAGACACACAGACUCCCACCAGAAGGGGGAACAGGGUCCCCUUAAAUCUCUUUGCCGAGCAGAGCAGAGCACCCCAAAAUCCAAUUAAGGCAGCCGGGUCCAGACCAGACACCUCCCCAGUUCAUCCCUUCUUUCUCCUUUACUGUAUCAAGUCCUGACUCCCCCUACUCUCAUCCUCAAUGUGACCCCCCCUACCCUACCACAACCACCACAACCAGGCUUUAUGGUCCCAUCCCUUCACACUCUCUGUCCCCAUCAUGCCUUUCUCCAUCAAACAGUGGGCACUUUGUUCAAAUUCAGCAAAGGAAAGACAGCUUGAGACUUUGUGCAUUUUCCUGCCCUGUUCUUUGGGUGACGAGAGCAGAGUGUAAACCUACAAAACCGUCAACCUAAUUAGAACUGACUUGUGCUGUUGGCAUCAUGGUACUACUACUGGUUUCUCUCCGUCAUCACUGACCGGAGAGUUUUUUUCUGAUGAUUUCUCCUGCUGGAUUGGAUGGGAAAGGAGUUUGUUCAGCAGGCAGUGCUUCAGUCGGCGUUAAGAACUCAUCACCUGCUCUGACUCUUAAAUCACUUUCAUUAACUCUCCCUCGGCCGACAAAUACGGGGCGAUCUUUCUCAGAAACGCAACGCAAGCUGGUUGAAAUGUUGGCAAUAUAUAUAGAGAGAGAGCGAUGCAGACAGUUGCUGGAGUUUUCUACUGUGUGUUCAUUAUUACUCUGAUUUUGUUCCUGUUGUCCCUUCCACAUGAUGUUUGUACGUUCUUCCACCUUGCAAAGUUGGCUUGUGUGUAUCAUCCCUAUUUUAUUUUGUUGCAAAUUACUGGAACUUUUUCUGGAAGAU